UUGGGCUAUAUCAUCCACAAGAAACGAACUGGCGGCCUUGAACUGAGCAAUUUUGACGCGCGGUUGACCUCCCGGGACUUGGACUUUGGAGGGACAACCAAGCAAGGCGACAAUAAAUCGUUAGCUGGCCAGCAUGGUGAGGGUCUCAAGAUUGCUGCUCUAGUUCUCCGUCGCAAAGGGUUCCGUGUGCAGAUGGUCUCGAGCAAGUACAAUUUCAACUUCGGGUUCAGAGGCGCGUGCAAGUCUCGGAUGUAUUGCAAGCUCUCGCCGAUAUCCCCGGCUACGUUAGCCAAGAAAAAGCAGACUUGCCGUCCUAACAAACCAGGUGAUCUCAUAAGCGACCCUUCAAAAGACGUGUCGGUUUUCAUCACGAAAGGGCGAGGUGCCAGUGGGGUGAAAGUCAUUCUAGACGAGUUUCAGCAGUGGAGACGCGUGGCCUUGGAGCUGGACAUGCCAUCACCCCAGAACAUUAUUCAAACUGAUCAUGGAGAUCUUAUUUUGGAUCGUGGGAAAUAUAAAGACCGCAUGUACCUCAAAGGUAUUCUACUUUCACGUCCUGGGUCAAAAGGAAGGGAAUUCUGGUACGGCUACAAUCUCUUGGCAGGAGAAACAAAUCGUGAACGACAGAGUCUAGCGAGUCCAGAGGAGGAAGCCCUGUUAGUGACCAAAAUUUGGGCGGCUGCCAUUGAGAAUGGCGGAGCAAGCAUCGUUCAAAAAUAUACGGACCUGCUAAACAAGCAUUAUGAGUGUGCGGAUGUUUCCAUGGCGGAUAAGCAGGUAUCGAAAGCCACGGCACAUCAAGCGUACAGAAACGGACGGUACUCAUUACUUCUGUCGGUUUGCCAUUCGUGA